CGCCUACGUGUUGACCUAAAUCUGGUGUUUUUGCAUAACACUCCUGAAACGGGGAAGGGUUAUAAAAAGCAGGGACACUCUGACCAUCCAAGACACACCAUUUUUUUUCUGCACAGAGACGGAAAAGAGGAAAAGAAGUCAAGAUGAGACUGUAUCUUGUAGCUGUCGUGCUGUUGCUGGCUCUUGUCGCAUACACAGAGGCUCAGGAUGACUCACUUGCAGAACGGUUCUCAAACUUUGGGGAUCAGAUCACAGAGUUCAGCAAGAAUGUAGCUGAAAAAGCCAAGACCCAUUUUGACACCAUUACAACCAGUGAAUUUGCAGAGAACACCAGGAAUUGGUUCACAGAGCAGUUCCAGAAGAUUAAGCAGAAGGUAAAUGAAAUGGCUUAAUGAACUGGUGGUCCAGUCAAUGACCUGCCCUCUGUUCCCAACGCCCACGCUGACAGAUGACUUGCUUCUGCACCCUCUCAAGGCUGAAGUCACAUUGCUCAACAAAAAUUUCUGCCAAUUUUUAGCUUGUAAUCUUUCUUUGGAAAAACUGUGUGAAAGUGCAAUAAAAUACAUGGAAUGGAAUAAAAUGUUCUGUUAUAUCAUUAUAUUUCUGUACAAAUAAAAUGAGAACUUCUAAACAAA